AUGGGAGGAUGGAAGAUUGCAAGAGAUGAAGAAAGUGUCUAUGGCUCUGAAGACAGCAUGAAGGCCCAGCUGAGGCUCAUCCUGGUGGGGAAGACAGGGGCUGGAAAGAGCGCCACCGGGAACAGCAUCCUGGGCCACAGGCGCUUUGUCUCCAGACUCGCAGCCACCUCGGUGACCAGAACCUGCGAGGUGGGGAGCCGCAUGUGGGAUAGAUGGCACGUAGAAGUCAUGGACACCCCGGACCUUUUUAGCUCCCUGGUCUCUAAGACAGACCCAGGGUGCCAGGAGCAAGCCCGCUGCUACCUGCUAUCUGCGCCUGGGCCCCAUGCGCUGCUCCUGGUAACUCAGCUGGGCCGCUUCACUGAGCAGGACCAGCAGGCUGUGAGCGCGCUCAAGGUCCUGUUUGGGGACAACAUAGUGAAGCGCACCAUCGUGCUGUUCACGCGCAAGGAGGACCUGGGUGGGGACUCUCUGCAGGAAUAUGUGCAACACACUGACAACCAUGCGCUGAGGGCUCUGGUGUCUGAUUGUGGGGGUCGAGUGUGUGCCUUUAAUAACAAGGCAAUGGGAAGGGAGCAGGAGGCCCAGGUGCAGGAGCUGCUGCUGCUGGUGGAGCGCUUGGUGGCGGACCACGCAGGUGCCCCCUACUCCAACGACGUGUACCGCCUGGUGCAGGAGCUGGCUUUCUUAAGGCCCGAGGAACAGCUACGAAGGGUGGCAGAGAGGCUGGUGGGCAGCACAAGGGGGCAAGGAAGGUGGAAGCUGUGGGACUGGGUGAUGGCUUGGAAGCUGCGCAUAUCUGCGCUGCUGGGCGUCCUGUUCAAGCCUUGGAGACUGUUCUCCAGAGGCUGGUUCCAGGCUGUGGAGGAGGCCCGUCCUGAGUGA